UGUUGUGUUUUUGUGUGCGGGUGAUGAUGGUACGCCAAGUCAGCUGCAGUUGGCACUACUACUACUACUACUACUACUUUGUUACUCCGCCGUGCGGUUAGUGUCGUCAGAAGGCCGAUGCAUCGAUGGCGUGACAGAUGGGCUUUUGUGUGAAACACGAGCCGCUGGCAAACAUGACCUCCGGCGUCACACGCCGAGCGGUGGGAGUUGUUCAUGUCUGCUGAAAAAAAAAAGGAGAGAAAAAAAGCAUUGUUGUGUUGGGGGAUGAGCCGUCCAGGCUUGGCUGCCGUUUAGCUGAAGCCUCUGGCUCGACUGUGCAGGUUAUGAAGGCUCCUUUUAAAGCUGAUAUUAGCGUGGAACGCGUCGUGGGGGGCAAGCAAAGAGGCACCAGAGAACAUGUCAUGUUUAUGCAUUUGAGCUGAAUUAGCCGUUGGAUGAGAGCUGCGUGUCCGGGGAGAGAGCCGCUUAGCAGGCCGCGUCGCCAUUGCUUUGUACGGCUGGAGGCUAGCUGUGCUUUUCAACCUGCAACCCUGUUCACCUACAAAAGAAACACGGCGCGACAGGAUGAAGAAGAAAGCCCGCAGCCACCGUGUCCCGGUGCCGCCGAGGCCGCCCUCGCCUAUCAGGCCCUCGCCCAACAAGCAGAUCCUGACUUACGCCCAGGCUCAACAAAUGGUGGAGUUUGAACUUGACGGCCACUUCCACCGCCUCAGCAUCUUCGACAAGCUCCACGUGGUCUCGGAGGAUGACCCCGUGGUGCGGGAGAUGACGGAGUGGGCCAACAACAAGGAGAACACGGAGAAACCGCAGCAGCAGGUUCUGUUGCGCUCGGUGCGGUUAAAAAACAACCGGGAGAAGAGGAACGCCGCACUGGGCAUCACCGCUCAUAAAGAAAGAGGCGGCGGACAUCCGGCUUGUGUUAAACCCGCGCCGAAACUCCAUGAGCCUAAGUUUCGGACUGUGGAGUAUAACCUACCUGCGGUUCCCAAACGUCCUGCUUCUUAUUAUACCUUUGAAGAGAAAACGGAAGAAGAGCUGGAUGAGGAGACGGAGUACGACAUGGACGAGGAGGAUUACGCCUGGCUGGAUUUGGUCAACGACCAACGGCGAGGCGAAGGCGUCAGUCAGGUGUCUUUCAACGUCUUUGAGUUCUUGAUCGACCGCUUUGAAAAAGAGCUGCACCUGGAGGGCUUGGAUAAAGGCAGCGAGAGGCAGGUUGCCGUCGACGAGGACGCCGUGUGCUGCAUCUGCAUGGAUGGCGAGUGUCACAACAGCAACGCCAUUCUUUUCUGCGACGCAUGCGACGUGGUCGUGCACCAGGAGUGUUACGGCGUGCCGUACAUCCCCGAGGGCCAGUGGCUCUGUCGACACUGCCUGCAGUCGCCCGCGCAGCCCGCAGACUGCAUCCUUUGCCCCAGUAAGGGCGGCGCCGUUAAAAAGACGGACGACGACCGUUGGGGCCACGUGGUCUGCGCCCUGUGGGUCCCCGAGGUGGGCUUCUCCAACACCACCUUCAUCGAGCCCAUCGACGGCGUGGCCCACAUCCCGCCCGCCCGGUGGAAGCUCACCUGCUACCUGUGCAAAGAGAAAGGCGUGGGAGCGUGCAUCCAGUGCCACAAGGCCAACUGCUACACGGCCUUCCACGUCAGCUGCGCGCAAAAAGCGGGCUUGUUCAUGAAGAUGGAGCCCGUUAAGGACCUGACCGAGUCGGGGGAGCCCACCUUCUCGGUGAAAAAGACGGCCUACUGCGGCGCUCACACUCCCAACGGCUGCGCCAGGAGGAAGCUGACCAUCUAUGACGAGGCCAAAGCCAAGAAUGGAGUGUGUAGCAACGUGGAGAAGGGGAGAGAAAAGAAGAAGGAUGGGAACCCUCAGCCUGAUGCUGAAAGUGAAGAAGCAACCCCUGCUGCUGUGCCUUCUUUUCCUGCUCACAGGUUGCAAAGCAUUCUGAACCAGGUGUCCAUCCAGAAAAAGAAAGUGUUUGUGGAGCUGGUCCUCAAUUACUGGACCCUUAAAAGGCAAUCCCGGAACGGCCUGCCAUUGAUCCGUCGCCUCCAGACCAGCCUGCAAUCCCAGAAGAAUGCGCACCCGGUUUGUUCAUCAAAGCAGAACGAGGACGAAAAGCUGGUGCUGAAGGAGCAGCUGAAGGCAUGGCACCGGCUCCGGCACGACCUGGAGAGAGCUCGACUGCUGCUGGAGCUCAUUCGCAAGAGGGAGAAGCUGAAGAGGGAGGAGUUAAAGUUCCAUGAGAGCCUUCUGGAGAUGCAGCUCACUCCCUUUAGCAUCUUGCUGAGGACCAUCUUGGACCAGCUGCUGUCCAAAGACCAGGCUAGGAUCUUCACUCAGCCAGUUGACAUCAGUGAGGUGACUGACUACCUGGAGCACAUCAAGCAGCCAAUGGACUUGUCCACCAUGCGUCAGCGCAUCGACGCCCAGAACUACACCAACUUCGACCAGUUCGAGAUGGACUUCAACCUCAUUAUUGACAACUGCAUGAAAUACAACGCCAAGGACACCUAUUUCUACCGGGCGGCCGUUCGCUUUCGAGAUCAGGGUGGGGCGGUGAUCAGAAAGGCUCGACGAGACGCGGAAAAAAUUGGCUUUGACGCAGAGAGCGGCAUGCAUCUUGUGGAGGUUCCGGAAAUGAAGACGUCGAUCUUUUCCUGGGUGGACGUGGAUCGCCUCCUCAAACCAGCCAAUCGCAGCCAUUUACCCCUGAACACGCAGCUGCAGCAGCUCCUGGAGAAGUUUGACCUGACCUUCGCCAUGAAGUCCAGCCCGUCGCGCAGCAAGCGAAUCAAGCUGCUCAAGAAGACCAUCAAUGACGUGCGCAGCGAAAUGAGCCUGAAGAUGGUCCAACCAUCCGCCCACCGACACCUCACGUCCUCUGUAGCUCCUUCCACGUCAGCGUCGUCUGUAUUCCGAUCUGAAGGUUUGAAGAAAGAGGAGAAAUGGAGGCCAAAUGGACAUUUACCGGAAGACGAGGCAGACAAGUCUCUCCCACCGAAACUCGAACCUUCGGACGCCAUCCCUCCUCUCAUCCACUCGGACACGGACCCGGGGCCCCCCACCCUCAAACCGAUAGACGCCGCCCCGGAGCGUGACGACGGAUACAACUGGGAAAUACCCGACCUCCCUCGUUCCUCUUCUCCGCCGCGCCUCAACGGCCACUCACACAACGGCCUCCAAAACGCCUUAUUCGAUGGCGACGUGAGCGUAGUGGCCACGUCCACCCUCGCCGAGCCGACGGGCACCGUGAGCCAAGAGACUGCCGUGGUCUUCCGCAAAGCGAAAAGCGAUGACGGCGCAGAGAAAAAAGAGAGUGAGGAGGAGGUGCGCAACGGCGCCACGCAGCUGGGUACCAAAUCCUUCCUGUCCGUGGUCAUUCCGAGACUGGAGACGUUACUUCACACCAAGAAGAGGAAGCAAAAAGACAGUGAGGGUGAAGAUGAAGAGGAGGGCAAGUCUUCAGUCAAAAGACUUGAUAUGGGCCUGUCGAGAGGUUUCCUGGGGAUAGAAAAAGAGAAAGUGGUCGAGCAGCCCAGCAGAGCAAGCCGACCCUCGGAGCCGCGAAGACGCUGCGCCUCCGAGUCCUCCAUCUCCUCGUGCAACAGCCUACCCAGAGGCCCCAGCACCAUCCUCAGUCUUCCCAAGUGCGGCAAGGGGAAACCCGCCAUGGUGCGCAGAAACACAGUGGAUGAUAAGAGUGAAUUAAUUGCCUGCAUAGAAAAUGGGAAUUUUGCCAAAGCUGCACGGAUUGCUGCAGAGGUUGGCAACAGCAAUAUUUGGAUGCCCGCUAGUGCUGCAACUGUUGCACUGGAACCCCUAAAGCUAGUUUGGGCCAAAUGUAGCGGAUACCCCUCCUACCCUGCCUUGAUCGUCGACCCCCACAUGCCGCGCGUGGGCUGCCAGCACAACGGGGUGUCCAUCCCCAUGCCCCCCAUGGACGUGCUCCGCAUCGGAGAACAAAUGCAGUACAAAUCGGACGACAAACUCUACCUCGUGCUCUUCUUCGACAACAAACGCAGCUGGCAGUGGCUUCCCAGGUCCAAGAUGGUCCCCCUGGGCAUGGACAAGACCAUCGACAAGAUCAAAAUGAUGGAAGGCCGCUCGUCCAGCAUUCGCAAGGCGGUCCAGGUGGCUUUCAGCCGCGCCAUGAACCACCUGAGCAUCGUGCAGGACGAGCCCGUCAGCGACCUCAGCGACGUCGACUGACGAAAACCCGCACCUCUCCCGUACCUCUCCCACGCCGAUGUUUACUCCUCCUCGCCACAUUCCCACUCGUACGCACUCCCAAACGUGCCGAAGCUGCUUGAAGGAAUGGCCCUCCUCGGCCUGUCACUGUGCUGAAGAGACCGUGUCCACUGUCCACGCCACCGUGUCCUCCAUCUCAAGACCAAAUCAUGUAUUUCUGUAUGACAAUGGACAUGUGGAACCUUGUAUUCCAACUGUACAUAUGUACAGUCACGCCACACUAACUUAUUUUUAGUGUCCUUUUGUAUUUAUACUUUUUCAUGCAUUUGUGGCGCUAAGUACGGCGUGAGUGCUGAGAAAAAAAGCGUUGAAGACGAGGUCUGACCAUUUGAAAGUUUUAAAUUAUUGCCCUUUAUAAUCGAGCGCUUUCGUUUGGUAUUAAUCCUUUUUUUCUAUGAAAUAGUUUUAGUCUAUUUUUGUUGCUAUAUAGUAUAUUUAUAUGUUUUGAAUACACCGUGAUCCAGUAUGUCUGAAGUCCGAUUAUGUGGAUAACCAAACCAAAACAUUUGCUACCCAGAUAGUUUUUUUUCAGCGUGAGAAUAUUCUCUUAUGUGACUUGUUUAUUUUUGCCAUAGUUGCAGGGGCGCUAACUUAUUUGAAAGCAUUGUUUUCACUUUAUGUACUCGAGGAACAAUUGUGGUAAAGUGGCACAUUUUGUGACAGAUACUUAUGAUUUUCUAACUUUUUAUUUGUAGCUGUAGAAAUUAAAUCUGGCUUUUUUUUUUGUCUGGGUAGCAGUUAGGGUGAUUUCAUUUUGUAUUGAGUCAUUUUUAUCAAGUCACAUGAAAGAGCAAAGAAAAUAAAUACAAAUAUGACUGACUACUUUUUC